AUGGGCGAGGCAUUGAGAAGGACUACCACCGCAUGUGAAGAAGUUGAGAAGACGGAUGCGAUGGGUGCUAUGGAACCUCCUCCCUUAGCACAAACAGAAGCUGGGGAUGAAACCAUCCCCAAGAUUGACCCAGGCUGCGUAACCAAAGAAGCGGCUCUGCCUGUGGACGCAAAGAGCGUGAGCUGGGUCAAUCUAAUGGAGGAAGAGGAAGGUGAGUCCAUGCAGACUCAGUCGACAAUGGAGGUAGAGGUAGAAGCGGAUAUGCCACUAGCGACAAAAAGGAAGGCGAAUAGAGUUAUCGGCGAUUACAGCGAUUCGGAUGAGAUGAAGUCUCCGAAACUGAGGGCUCGGAGAGCCAAAAUUAAAAAUAGACUUAGAUCCAGGAAGUCAACGGAUGGUAAAGAGGCUAAUAGGCGGAAAGUCGGUAGACCAAAAAGGAAGAUCCGCGCUAUAGAUCCUAUCGUUGCGGAAAAUGACUUACAGAAUAAGGUCGGACAAGCACCUGAUGGUAUGGAAAAAGAGUUGCUACAAAAAAUGACAGCAUCUGAUUUAGGAGCGCAGGCAUUGGAUUUCAUGUCUGACAUAGAAACUAUUAGGACCAAAUGUGGUCGUAUGCAAGGUGGAUUGAGUGGCCAGCUGAAGAACCGAGUGUUAUGUCUACAGGAUUUGAUUAGAGCUUUACAAGAGUCUAAUUUAAAAACUAACUUAAGUCCUAGCUUAAAAUCUAACCUAGACGCUAAAUAUGGAAUUAUGAAAAAUCUACCUAAGAACUUACCUAAGAGUGCUAGAAGAUCCCACGAAGAAUGGCCACCAUUGAGAAGCCAAGAUGAAGGAAGAUUACACUGGAGUUCACAGGAAAGGCUAUCCCAAGCUAGAUCACAGACAGUAGAUUCCUGGCCGAUAACGGGUGAAUCCUGCUUACAGCAACCUCACGUAGAACCCGAAACAGAAAAUAAAAAAAGGAAAUUAGAUAGUCUCGAUGGAUGGGAUCCCUCUCCAUUGAGGGAACCUAUACUUACCUCGAUGGUAUUCAGGCUUUCAACUAGCAUCCAACAGCAAAGUGGCCCAAGUCCUAAAGAGAAGCUCCUGGGAAAGACCCUUAAUCCGAAAGGAAUCAAAUUGAAAGGAAACAUCCAAUUGAUUCCCCCUAGAAUGGAAACAAAAGGGAUCAUACCGGAAGGAGAAUGGAAGGAAGUUGGUAAGAAAGGAAAGAUUAGGAAAGGAAAAGGAGAAAAGAAAAAGGAUAUCGGAAAGGAGAAAAAGAAGCUGCCAAAGACCGCAGCCAUUAAUAUCAUAGGAAGUAAUAAUAGCUUCUCAUAUGCUGAAGCUCUCAAAAAGAUUAGAAAAGAGAUAUCCCUACAAAAUUUGGAAAUCCAAACUCCUAGAGUAAGAAAGGGUAUGAACGGAGCUACGAUAAUAGAGAUCUCCGGUCCUAAUAAUAACGAAAAAGCAGAUAAACUGGCUGCAGAAGUACAGAAGAUUCUAGCUGAUGAAGCCUUGAUCACUAGACCCAAUGUCAAGGGUGAAAUCAGAGUCUAUGGAAUGGAUGAAUCUGUCACCGCGGAUGAGGUUCGGGAGAUUCUCGCCUUAGAAGGCGAAUGUAAAUAUGAAGAUAUCAAAGUGGGCAGAAUCGGACGUACCCGCUCAGGAUCUGGAGUUAUAUGGGCGCAAUGCCCGCGUAGUUCGGCAAUAACUCUGGUAGAAAAGCAGAGAAUCACAAUUGGAUGGUCUAUUGUUAGAAUUGAGAUGAUUAAAUCCCGACCUUUACAGUGCCACAAGUGUUGGAGAGUAGGGCAUGUAAGGGAGAAAUGCAAAUCAAAAAAUAACUUUCUCGGAUGCUGCUUCAAAUGCGGCAUGGAGGGGCAUAUAGCUCCCAAAUGCACAAAUAAGGCUAAGUGUAGAAUAUGUACAGAAUUGGGUCUCAAUGGAGACCAUAGAAUGGGAUCAGUGAUAUGCACGGCAAUUAAGGUAUCCGUAUCACAAAAUGCUAGGAAUGUACCUCCGCAAACAGCAGAUGAUGUUCCCGAGACGCAAAAAUCUGGCACGGUAGAAGAGCAAUCUUUGCCAGAAAGAAUGGAUGGAAUAACAUCAGAGCGAAUAGAUGGAACAACAUCAGAGCGGAAGACUGAUGAUGAUAAUUUAAUGGAUGAAGCGGCGCAAGACUUACUUGCACAGACAGAAAUAGAGAAAAAUAUCUGCAUCUCCAUAAUUGCAGAGCCAUAUACUAUUCCAGAUGGGAAUACAUGGUUAAAUAGUCGAGAUGGUCAUGCCGCUAUUCAUGUAACCCCAAAUUUACCUAUUUAUGGAGUAUUAAAAAAGAGGGGCCGUUAUUCGGUCUCCCUUCAAUGGAAAAAAUUAACAAUUGUAUCGGUGUACAUAUCGCCUAAUGUAAGCAUUGAGACAUACGAAGAGUUCUUAGACGAGUUAGACCUACAUGUACAAGAGGCAACAGAAGAUCUAUUAAUAGCAGGAGAUUUUAACUCUAAAGCUAUAUUAUGGGGCUGUAAUUACAAUUGCCCGCGGGGAGAUCGCCUCUCAUAUUGGAUAACCAGUAGGGAUUUGAUACUCGUAAACCAGGGAAGCAAACCCACUUGCGUACGGCAUCAAGACUCAUCUAUAGUGGAUAUCACCUGGUGUAACAUAACCCUAAGACCACAUAUAGAAAAUUGGGAAAAAAAACGAUACAUACGAUGGUCAUAUACAAAAUUUGAUGAAGAUAAAUUUCGAGAAGCGAUUGAGUGGAGCUAUAUAGAGGCCCCGCAAAAUAUCAACAUACCGACUACUGAGGACACAAUAGAAUGCCCUGCUCAGUGGGUACAGGAAACAAACGCAUGUGAUUACGCUAUGCCUAGAGCUAAACAGAUUACUAAAGACAAAGUAUAUUGGUGGUCAAGUAAAAUCAAUGAUCUACGGAAAACAUGCAUGACAUCGCGUAAAAAAUGGCAGAGAGCUAAUAGAAGACGCAAUAAGGAUAUUAAUCUUAUUAUAUUCCUAGAAGAUAGAUAUAGAGAAGACAAGAAGAAUCUCAGAAAUGAAAUUAAAAAAGCAAAGAAAAAGGCAUGGGACGAAUUAAUCCAAAAUCUGGAUACAGACCCAUGGGGUCUUCCCUACAGGAUUGCCCUUAAAAGGCUAAAGAAAUCUUCGCCCAGCCUUACAGAAGUGUUGGAUAUACAAGUACUAAAUAGGACUAUAAAUAAGUUGUUCCCGGAAGAUCCUAUGUGGAAUGCAUAUGAAGAAAAAGAUGAGCAAGAUACUUGGAGAGAAGAAGAUAACGUAUUGAUAAAUGAGAUAAGUAAUAUACUUAAAAAGGGAUCCCGCCCUACCAAGGCUCCUGGCCUCGAUGGGAUUAAAAUGACAUUCAUCAAAAAGAUUCCAGAUACACUACUUAAUAGAAUGACAGCUAUGUACAAUAUAUAUCUCAAGAUGGGAAUAUUCCCCAAGAUAUGGAAGAAAGCAGCCUUGGUUUUAAUACCAAAGGGUGACUUAGAUCUUAUGGAUCCAAAAGUACGACCUAUUUGCUUGCUAAAUGAAUUGGGCAAGAUAAUGGAACGCAUAAUUGAAGGCCGUAUACGAGACUGGAUGGAUACCCAUCCACCUGCCAGGCUCGCACCCAAUCAAUUUGGCUUCAAGAGGAGUACUUCUACUUGCGAUGCACUUCUGGUCGUUAAAGAAGUAAUAGAAGAGGCUAGAUCAAGUGAGACGAUGAUUAGACAGAUGACGGCUGGUGUUCCACAGGGAUCGGUCCUUGGACCGACCCUAUGGAACAUCACCUAUGAUUAUGUAUUGCGCACGCCACUGGAGAAGGGCUGCAUGAUAAUUGGAUACGCAGAUGACACAUUUGUUGUGUCCACUGCGACCACUACAGAAGAGGCUAUAGUUAAAAGUAAUCUACAAUUAAGUCGAAUCUUGAGAAGGAUAAAACAUCUCGACCUGCAGAUAACCGAAAACAAGACAGGAGUGAUAAUCCUUGAUGAUAAUAAUAAACUUAAAAGUAAAUACCAAAGUGCCAACAACAAUAACAACACCGGGGUUCGUCAGUCCCCCAAUAUCUUACAACUCUAA